GCAAGGACUAAACUCUUUUUUUUUUGGGAAGUAGCACUAGCAGUAGUAGCGAGCAGAGCAGCGUGCGUAUCCACACAUCCGAUUCCUCCGGAGGCCGCGGCUGCUGCUGUUCUCCCUCCACCAAAUCAAAAAUGGCCGCCGCCGGCGCAGGCGCAGGCGCUGCCACCACUGCCUGCUGCUUCCUCGCCCCCUCCCCGUCUCUCCCGCCGCAGCGCCCGCGCCAUUUCCUCAAGCACCUCGCGCGCGCCGCGGCGUCGACCACCAGGCCCGACGCCGCCUCGCGCUCCCUCGCGCCCCCCGCUUCGCCGCCGCCUCUGUUGGCGGCCCCGGCGGAGGCGGCGCGGCGGACGCUGAAGUCCGCCGCGGGGACCCUGGUCGUCGCGCUCGCCUCGGCCGCGCUGAUCCUCGGCGACGCGGGGGGCGGCGCCGCGUCCGCCUUCGUCGUCGCCACGCCGCGGAAGCUGCAGGCCGACGAGCUCGCCACCGUGCGCCUCUUCAAGGACAACACGCCCUCCGUCGUCUACAUCACCAACCUCGCCGUGAGGCAGGAUGCCUUCACGCUGGACGUGCUCGAGGUGCCGCAGGGGUCUGGGUCGGGCUUCGUCUGGGACAAGAUGGGCCACGUCGUCACCAACUUCCAUGUCAUCCGAGGCGCGUCGGAUCUCAGGGUUACGCUUGCUGAUCAGUCAGUCUAUGAAGCGCAAGUUGUUGGAUUUGACCAAGACAAGGAUGUUGCUGUUCUGAGUAUCCAAGCACCAAAGGAUAAACUGAGGCCUUUGCCAGUUGGUGUGUCAGCAGACUUAUUGGUUGGUCAGAAAGUAUAUGCCAUAGGAAACCCAUUUGGCCUUGACCACACUCUUACAACAGGUGUUAUCAGUGGAUUGCGCAGAGAAAUUAGUUCAGCUGCAACAGGACGUCCCAUACAGGAUGUAAUACAGACUGAUGCAGCAAUCAACCCUGGUAACAGUGGAGGCCCGCUUCUUGAUAGUUCUGGAAACCUGAUAGGUGUAAAUACUGCUAUAUACUCACCUUCAGGGGCAUCAUCCGGGGUCGGGUUCUCCAUACCAGUCGAUACAGUUGGUGGCAUUGUGGAUCAGCUUAUAAAGUUUGGGAAAGUGACAAGACCUAUUCUGGGCAUAAAAUUUGCCCCUGAUCAAUCUGUAGAGCAGCUUGGAUUAAGUGGAGUGCUUGUCUUGGAUGCUCCUCCAAACGGACCAGCUGGCAAAGCGGGUUUGCAAUCCACCAAACGGGAUUCCUACGGGCGGCUUAUCCUCGGGGAUAUAAUCACUUCUGUGAACGGCACGAAGGUAGCUAAUGGGAGCGAUCUGUACCGGAUUUUGGAUCAGUGUAAAGUUGGAGAGACGGUGACCGUGGAAGUCUUGCGUGGAGAUCAGAAGGAAAAGAUUGCCGUGAUCCUUGAACCAAAGCCCGACGAAUCAUAAUGAACCUUUUGGAAUGUAUUCUCACAUAGGUGCAGAGACUCAUAUACAAGGCAUUAGAAUGUUUGCCUACCUCAGAAUUCCUUGUAAAUAAUUCAUGCUUGUAAAUUGUCUGGUCUAAACUGAUAAGAAGAAAAGAGAAAAUCGGGUUAUUGUUCUUGCGGCCA